AGAAACUUUCUUAAAUUUCGGUUUCGUAGUUGUACUUUUUUUAAAAAAGAACUGUUAAUUCUUUUUUGAAUUUUGAAAUCCGCUUGAGAAACUUGAUUAAUCACUCACUAAUCGCUGCAGUAUCUGCUUUUAAUGGCAAGUUAAUUAAUUCUUAGAUCACAAUUUCAAAAAAUAUAAUUACUGGCUUCUUGUUUUGGUUUCUUUUUAAUGGCCCCAACCCCCAAGUGCAUUAGAGAUUUUUGACCGUUAGCAGUGCAAGAGAGGAAAGAAAGAACAGUGAACUUUUUUUUUCUUGCAAGUGAAGCUUGCAUUUCCUUCCCUUCCCUUUCUUUUAAUUUCCUUUCUUUGUUUCUUGAUUCUGCUUGGUUCCUGAGAAAGUAAAGGGAACGGAAAGGAUAAGCCACGAAACUUGUUCAGGUUCAGUGAGAUCCCUUCUGUCCAAGGAAUGAUAAAGCACGGGAUUGUGAACUACCAUUUUUGAUGAGUUACAAAUAGUGGUUCUGGUUUGAGAUAGACAGAUGAAGAAACUAUUCUUUUUCAGAUCUUCUUCCUCCAGUGCUGGAAACAACAAUAGUAGUUCUCCACCGUCUGCAGAUAAGCAAGUUUACUGGGAGGCACCAUUCCAAGGAAAGCAAGCAUAUGAUAACCAGAGCACCAGCAACAGCUUGGGUCUUAGAAGGAGCCGCUCAUUGUCAUCAACUGCCGUUCUUGAUGAUGGGAAGGGGAAGGGGAAUUUUCCUUGCAUAGAUCAAGCUAGAACUCCUCCUAGCAGUUCUAGUGGUGCUCAUCAGAAACAUGAUCGCUCAUCUCACAGGAACAAUCUUUUUCCUGAGAGGCGAGCCAAAACAAAACGAUUUGAAGUGGCAGCCGCUGGUCUAGAGAGAUCUGGUUAUUCCAAUUCCCAUCAUGAUUCAUCAGGAAAUUCUACUUCUAGUAACGUCUCAAGUAAAGUUGUGGAUCGCUACAUUGAUGGAGAACAGCAGCAGGAAAUGAGCAAGCCCAAAAAUAGUUCACAGAGAAGUUUUAUUGGAAGCAGAAAUGCUGAUGGAAAACUUCCUCCACGAGUCCAAUACAUAGCCCCUACCUUACCAAUGGAUAACAUCAAAGAUAAGCCCAGGUCUCACUCAUUUCGGGAAUAUGGAGGGACUCGGCAGAAGUUUUCUUCAAGAGAUUGGGUGGCUAAAGGAUUUGGCCAUGAAUCUCCACGGAAACUUGCAAGGAAUGUCAUGGAGAGACUCUCCUUGGGGCGUUCUUAUCCUAAAUCAAGUCCAAAGGAGUUCGCCUGUGAUAUUCCAAUCACAAUUGAAGAUGUCUAUGGUGGAUCAAUGAAUUCAUGUAUGGAUGUUCCUGCCCGAAAAAGUUACUCACUGGAGGAACCUUGUGAAACCAAUAAUGGCUACAAUGGUGAUGAUUUCUCAGGUUAUCAGAAACCAAAUUACUUCCCUGGAGAUGAAUUUGAGGAUAUGAACUCUGUCAGUAGAGAAGACAUGGUAGAUGUGGAAUUACAACAAAGAUCUAAGGAAGCUGAGGAGAGGAUUGUUCUUCUUUCUGAAGAGCUUGAGCAGGAAGGCUUUCUCCAAGAUAGUCGAUUUGAUGCUCCACUGUUGAUGCAGACUAUUCAGAGCUUAACAGAGGAUAAGUUAAGCUUGGCAAUUGAGGUUUCAGGUCUUCUGAAAUCUCGAAUUGCUGACAGGAAUUCUGCCAAGGAAGGUUUUCAAUUAGCGAAGGCAGAAUGGGAGGCAAGGAACCGAAGAUUAGAGAAGGAGAAGAAUGAAUUGCAGACAGCCUUGGAGAAAGAAUUAGACAGAAGGUCGAGUGACUGGUCACUAAAGCUUGAGAAAUGCCAGUUAGAAGAGCAAAGGCUUCGUGAACGGGUUAGAGAGCUUGCAGAGCACAAUGUUUCACUCCAGAGGGAAGUAUCUUCUUUUAGUGAGCGAGAAGCAGAAAACAAAAGUGUGAUAACAUAUUCCGAGCAACAACUCAGGGACCUGACUUCAAAGGUGGAGGAGGUGAGUGAUGAGAAUCAAGAUCUGAAACACAAUCUUUCUGAAUUGCAAAAGAAGUAUGCAGUGGCAGAAGAAGAUCAAGAUUGUAUUAAAAGGAAUUUUGAAGAGAAGAACAAGGAGUGCAAGGAUUUGCAAAAAUCCAUUACAAGAUUAUUAAGAACCUGCAGUGAUCAAGAGAAGACAAUUGAGGGUUUGCGGGAAAACUUUAGCGAGGAAAUUGAAAAGAAGCCACCAUUGGACAAGUUUGAUAAGAAUGUGACACGAUUGCAAAUGGAGCAACUGAGGUUGACAGGAUUAGAACUGGCUUUCAGAAGGGAGGUGGAAUCUUGUAGACUUGAGAUUGAUUCCCUUCGGCAUGAGAAUAUAAACUUAUUGAAGCGCUUAAAGUGUAAUGGUGAAGAGAUUGGUGCUUUAACUUUCAAGCUAGAUAAGGAAAUGUGGACACGCACUUGCUGCCUGCAGAAUCAAGGAUUGUCUAUGUUGAAUGAGAGCACUCAGCUUUCUUCCAAGUUAUUGGAAAUCAUCAAAGGGAAAGUGGGCGGCCACUUUCAAGAAAUUAAGCAGGGUAUGGAAGUUUUGGGGAAUGGUUUAGAUGAGCAGUUUAUUGUUGAAUCUGAUAUGAAAAUUCAGGGCUUUAAGCGUGGAACUGAAAGCUUAACAAGGAGUUUGCAGACAAUAUCUUGUUUACUUCAGGAGAAGUCCAAUCUUGGUGCUUCAAAAUCUCAGCCCCCAAGCAGUAAUGUCAAUGGCUCUGGGAAACUUAACCAUCAUAUCCCAGAGGAAUCUUUGAGAUUUGAACUUAAAGCUGAAACUUUGCUUACAAGUCUGUUAACGGAGAAGCUGUACUCUAAAGAGUUGGAGCUCGAGCAGUUGCAAGCUGAACUAGCAACAGCAGUGAGAGGUAAUGACAUCCUUCGAUGUGAAGUCGACAAUUCGUUGGAUAGCCUUGCUUGUGUCUCUCAUCAACUGAAAAAUCUUGAACUUCAGAUGCUGAAGAAGGAUGAGAAUGUAGAUCGACUUCAAAGUGACCUCCAAGCAUCCGCAAAGGAAUUAGCAACAACUAGGGGGAUAUUGGCCAAAGUUUCACAGGAGAGAGAUAUUAUGUGGGAGGAAGUGAAACAGUUUAAGGAGAAGAAUAUGCUAUUGAAUUCAGAGAUUAAUGUAUUGAAGAAGAAGAUAGAGGCCCUAGAAGAAGAUAUUCUUCUUAAAGAAGGUCAAAUCACAAUCUUGAAAGACACCCUAGGCAGCAGGCCGUUUGAUCUCCUUGGUAGUCCUAGUUGUACACGAGAAUUCUUGCUAGAAUGAUUGCGAGGAAGCAACCUUUUCUUUUUGGGUAGGGUGUGCAGACACUGUCCAUAGUUUGAAAUUGUGUUCUUCGGGUUUCUUUACAUUUCUUAUACCUUUCCGUUUCUUUCCUCCAUUUCCUUACUGGAGGCUUUGAUGGGUAAAGUUGUUAAAGGGUGGAAAAAAUCACACUCUGAUUCUUUGUGUAAUUGUAUGUAGUUGGGGUUUCCUUGUUCCUUCUCUUAUAGCCAUGAAUUGGUCUUAGCAAUUUUGAUUC